GCUCACUCUAUGCUCGGCACACGUUGCUCCUCGCCUCCCCACUCCCUCGUUCACUGUGCGUCUGUCCUCCCUUAAGUGAGGUACCAUGCAUCUUCCUUUUCGCUCUUCCUCUCCCCUUGUCUGUUGCCAUCACAGGGUCCGUUUAUCAAACCAAGCUUUUUUUGGCGCAAAGCGAGGAACCCUAAAAGCCGUGCUACUUGUUUGAGGACUUUGGAGACAGUGCUGGAGGACAGCUGGUGGAAAAUGUUGCUGAUGCUUCAGCUGGGAUGCAGAUCUCUGCUGCACCUCUGCCGGCGAUGUGAGGCUGCCUGAUUCUUCUCAAAGUUGCAGUUUUGGCACCACGUCGAUCAAGCUUGUCGUCUCGCCUUAUGGUUUCCCAGAGAGCACUGUGUGUAAGACCACUUGUAUCAGUGAAGAUUUCGAUCAUUUGCCGGCUUUCCUUGCUUCUCUGCAUAAGCAUGACCUUAUUUUGUGGGAUGUGUGAGAGCGGAGAGAGGGUGCCUGCGAUUAUGUGAGUGGAUUAAGCGAAUAGCGCGGCGGUGCAGUGAUAUAUUAGUCACUCCAGGUGUUUGACUUAAAAGCUUAGUCAGGGGUGCAAGACUCCCCAGAUAGCCUGACAGAAGCUCAGAGACAUCCCCGAAGAGAACAGCCUUGGAAGUGGAAGCUUUGGAGACAGAUGUAAACUGAAAUAGACUCACUGGAAGUCAGCAAGAAAUUAAAACCGAGUAAGACAAAACUGAGAGCGAGACCUGGAUAGAGGAGAAAAAGUGGGGCACAUUUGCACUCGUGCUUAAUAUUUCUGCACAAAAGGGAAGCUAUACAGCUCGAUAAAAUAAUAAAUUGCACUGCACAAAGACAGAAACAGACAUUAUUUUUGCAGGAUUUAGUUUCCACUUCUCCUAACCCAUCUAACUCAUUUCUAAUCCUACGUGGAACACGGACACAUCAAGCAACACAUUGAGUGCCUCCUCUCCAUCAUCCUUCUCCCUACAUCCAUGCUCUCUCUUAUUUUCAGGUGCAGUCAGACCUGCGGCAGACCUACAUCUCAACUCCUCGUGCACUGAGUGGCACCACUGCUAUGUUUGAUCUUGGUAUAUAAAGUCAGCCUGAGGGUCGGCAGCCAAAAGUCCAAAGGAAAAAAGAAGCUGAAAGCUUUCUUUCUGACUCUGAAUCCCACCUUUGACAGGAUCGCAGACUUUCAACUUCACGUCAACGACAGCAACAGCACAGUCCAGUGAAAACACAAACCCUUAGAGACAUUCUAGAGGCCUUGGUGUGUACCGGCAGCCAUGCAGGUAUCCUUUGCAUGUACAGAUCACGGGCUGAAAGCCCCACGUAACGGUGAGCACAGCAAGCAGAACGCCACGAGCCCCAACACGACCACCCAUACACGCACCCGCUUCCGCACAGUGGCCCUGAUUGCUCGCAGCCUGGGCUCCUUCACCCAUCGUUACCACCACAACCUCAAAGAAUCCACAGCCAAGCUCACGGGCAUGAAGUACCGGUAUGAACUGGGAAAUCCGGGGCUGCGUGUCUCCUGUCUCGGGCUCGGCACAUGGGUAACAUUUGGAGGUCAGAUCUCCGAUGAGGUGGCUGAACAGCUGAUGACUAUCGCCUACGAGAAUGGGGUGAACCUGUUUGACACAGCCGAGGUCUACUCUGGGGGCAAAGCAGAAAUAAUCCUGGGAAGCAUCAUUAAGAAAAAGUGCUGGAGGAGAUCCAGUCUGGUGAUCACUACAAAGCUCUACUGGGGAGGAAAAGCGGAGACGGAGAGAGGCCUCAACAGAAAGCACAUCAUUGAAGGUUUAAAGGGCUCGCUCCAGAGGAUGCAGCUGGAGUAUGUGGACGUGGUUUUUGCCAAUCGGCCGGACAGCAACACUCCCAUGGAGGAGAUUGUGAGAGCGAUGACACAUGUCAUCAACCAGGGAAUGUCCAUGUACUGGGGGACGUCACGGUGGUCUGCUAUGGAGAUCAUGGAAGCAUACUCUGUGGCGAGGCAGUUUAAUCUAAUUCCACCAGUGUGUGAGCAAGCCGAAUAUCACUUCUUUCAGAGGGACAAAGUAGAAACUCAACUACCUGAACUAUACCACAAGAUAGGUGUGGGUGUGGUCUCUUGGUCACCUUUGGCCUGUGGAAUCAUCACUGGGAAGUAUGAGAAUGGCAUCCCUGAAUCCUCCAGGGCCUCAAUGAAGCCAUACGGGUGGUUGAGAGAGAAAAUAAUGAGUGAAGAAGGGCGAAAACAACAAGCCAAGCUGAAGGAAUUGACUCAUAUUGCUGAGAAGCUUGGCUGUACUUUGCCACAACUUGCCAUAGUUUGGUGCCUGAGGAAUGAAGGAGUGAGCUCAGUGUUGCUCGGAUCCUCCAAUCCAAGCCAACUAACAGAGAACCUGGGAGCCAUACAGGUAAUUCCAAAGAUGACAGCAGGCAUUGCCUCAGAAGUGGAUCACAUACUGGGCAAUCGUCCUCACAGUAAAAGGGACUACCACCACUAGGAUGGGCUCGUCGUUAGGAACUAUGCUCUCAAAGCUUGUCAAAGCUUACAUCUCACAGCCAUGGCACAGCUAAUGUGUGCCCAACUUUGCUCCUGUGCGUGUAUGACUGGGUGUGUCUGUGUGUGUGUGAGAGAGACUGUGCAACGUGUUCUGCUUGGGUCCUCCUAUGUUUGAAGAUGAACCAGUACAUUUAUCUUCAAGUGAAGUACACAAUAAAGCAUGCAUGUUGCAGCCACUUAUCCAGUUCGCUGUCUGAACACCACUUAGAGCAUCCAACAUACAGUAGUAUUUCUGGUUUGGAAAUCUCCUCUAUUGACAAGGAAAUCUGCAGAUUAUUACAAAUUGGUGUGGGGGUUAGAUACCUGGACAAAGUUACUUCUCUCCAUAAGGACAUGCAGUUAAGGUGGGUUUUUUUUUGUGUGACGGGUGUUAAUUUUUCCUUAAAAAAACAAUUUAUUGGCAUUUUUUGUUCACUGCUGCAGUGGCAGAUGAGACACAAUUUAAAAAGAUGAAUUUUAUCAUGCUGUUUCCUGUUUUCCAAAAAUAUGGCAUAAUAAACCUUCUUAAUGUGUGGGAAAUUUUUCAGUAAUGAUGUGUGCAAUUGGAACUGGUGUCAGCAGACUGGAUGGUGUGCUAAUCCCCUCCCAUUAAAGCUGGGCCUGACCUGUCAACACGAUGAGCAGCUUCAGUAAAGGGAUGGAAAGAAAUUGUGCACUCACAAACCCAAGAGAACUAAUUAAUGAUAAUUGAUUAUAAGUCAUCUGUACUGACUGUUAUACAUUUUCUUUGACAAGCCUCUCUGUCAAAAUGAUUUUUUUGUUUGUUUGUUUGUUUUAUUGUUUUAAUUUUAUCAGUUGUGACAUAAUAUAGUGUACUUUUCCUACGAGCAGGUGUUCUGUUAGUUCUUAUUAUGUCUGAUUUGUUUCAUUGGGGUUUGUGUUGGGGUUGUCCAAAGAUUAGGAAAUAGUCCUCCUAAAGUGAGUUUAGAAUUUCACAGUCAAGCAGUUAAUGAAGAGAUAAAGUGAACCAUAAAACCAUGUGGAAUCCUGUCGUUGUUACACCUGUAACCACCAACAUGCUCUCCCAGCUUCUCUCUAAAGACAGUUUUACAUUAUGAUUUUUUUAAAAUUAUUAUUCAGUUGCAUCUGACCUAACUUGUAUUUGGAUGUUAUUCAUUAGAUUUGUACAUACAAAUAAAGAGCUUCUAAUUAUUAUUACAUUUU